GUUGCGAUAAGCCCACUGCGCUUUGCUGUUAAGGGGGUAGUUGUAUUCGGGCGCGCAUUAGGGCUAUGGAAGAGGCCAUCCUGACUGGAUGGUAGAUUACCAUACUACCCCUCCAAAUGUCUGUGUAUUCGUGGUACAGUAACUCUGCCAGCCAGGCUGUCCUAUGUAUUUAUUGCGCUUCCAUUCGAGUCUUUUGUUAUCCCAGACAUCUUGAUCAUCUUGAUACCCCAGAUUCUAUCCACAGCAAUAGAUAUAAUGACCCAACAAAAUGCAUUAAUCACAGGCAUUGGCGGCCAAGAUGGCUCCUAUCUCUGCGAGCUCCUGCUUGAGGAAGGAUAUACAGUCCACGGCAUACUACGACCUCGCACAACCGAUGACUAUGUUCAAGUAGCUGUAUCCCAUGUAUUAGCUGCAGGGAAAAAGUACCCGAACAAACUUGUACUGCAUUAUGGAGAUGUAUUGGACCCUUACUUCCUAUUGGGUCUUUUUAGGGAACAUGCAUUUGACGAGGUCUAUCACCUUGCAGCGCAGAGCCAUGUGGGGACAUCCUUCAAGCUGCAGAUGUAUACAUGUGAUGUCAAUGCACUGGGAACACUGCGACUCCUACAGACAAUAUUGACUCUAGGAUUGGAAAAGAAGAUCAAGUUUUAUAAUGCAUGUUCAUCAGAGACAUUCGGUCAGACCAAGAAUGACAUCCAGGAUGAAUCAACUCCUCUCACCCCUGUAUCUCCCUACGCGGCUGCCAAAGCCUUUGCCUACUGGAUGACCGCAAGUGCUCGCAUCUCACACGGCCUCUUCGCCGUUAAUGGAAUCCUGUUCAACCACGAGUCUCCUAGGAGAGGACUUGAUUUCGUCACCCGAAAAAUUACUUUCGGCGUCGCUCAGAUCCACUUGGGUUUGAAAGAAUGUCUUACUCUUGGGAACCUCAAUUCGCGACGAGACUGGGGUCACGCCCGGGACUUUAUGCGAGGCAUUUACUCCAUGAUGAAACAGGCUAACCCAGAUGACUAUGUGCUGGCGACUGGAGAGACACGAUCUGUUCGAGAGUUUGUGGAGAUUGCCUUUCGAAAUGUCGGGAUUCAGCUACAAUGGAAAGGCAGUGGAGACAAGGAAAUCGGUGUGGAUGCCAACACUGGGCAGGUUAGAGUUCGUAUAGACCCCGAGCUAUACCGGCCGGCAGAGGUUGGGUAUUUGCGUGGCUCUGCAGAAAAGGCUGCUACACUUCUAGGUUGGAAAGCGAAAGUUUCGUUGGAGGAAUUGGCGAAGGAGAUGGUCGAGGCAGACAAAGAAUUGAUUCAAGGGAAGCCGGCGGAGUUUUGGAUUACAAGCAAGCUAUAGUCAUAGAUCAUCUGUAUAUAUGUUUCAUUGUCUCUCGGAUCCUAUUCUACCGUGGGAAACGAUGUUUAUAGCUUUGAAGGGCCCAUGCCACGGACCUUUCCUUGAUUGGCACUGUACCAGGCGAUUGUCUCUUUCAAUCCUUGCUCCAGACUCGUGAAUUGGAAAUCUCCCAGAAGAGCCCGCAUUUUGGCAUUGUCUGCGGUCUUUUUCAGCUGACCAUCGGUCUGGGUUGUAUCCCAUUGAAUAGCCCCUUCAAGUCCACUGAUUUCCGACACCAUC